AUGACAAAUGCUAUUGACACAGCAUUCGCAAAAGCUGUAAGUACUCUACAGAAAUUGUCCAUAUGGUCAGCUCAGUACCCAGCUUUGAAACCACCACAGGCAGAUAGAGUAGAAUUGUAUGGAUUGUACAAACAGGCAACUGAAGGUGAUAUCUCCAAUCAAAAUGUGCCAUUUCCUACGGGCGAUUCUCAAGAAAGUGACGUUGCAAGGUGGAAAUGGCGUUCAUGGAAAGGAAAAGAAGGAAUGUCAAGUGAAGAUGCCAAACAGCAUUAUACACAAUAUCUUUUGAAUAUGAUGAAGAUAUAUGCCAGCGGAUAUGACGAUACCGAGAUUCUCGAGUCAGAAUUAGAAGUAGCACUCCAAAAUGCAAAGGAAUCAACGUUAGAAUCAAGGAAGCCUGCAAGAUCAGAGUAUACCAACUUCGAUACAUCUGCUGGACAUCAAGGAGUUAGAAGAGCAGAAUCUCCAGCUGUGUCUCUUUAUAGAGUUGCAUCUAGCGGAUUCAACAGUAAAAUUGCUAGACCACCGUCCAGGAGCUACUCGACAACAAAUACCAACCAGAACAUUAAAAAUGACAACACCGGUUUCGGCGGCAUCACUGGAGAAUCGGAUGUUGCAGGCAAUUUUGAUUUGAAAGAUGAUGAAACAAACGAAUUCGUGAAUCCAAGUCGAAUAGAUUUUAUUCGGUGGCAGAAUCAGGUGAAUUAUGCCCUAACGAAGAUAACACAGAAGUUGGACAGAAUGAAUAACGAUCAGCCGACAACCUCAUCUCUAAACUUAUCACAGAAGGAUUCCGGAAUUCUGGCGAAAGGAAAUAAUACAAACACAGACAAGUUAAACACAAAUCAUGAAAAACGAUUUCUAAAACUACUAUACGAGUUACGGAAAAUCACCACAGACACCAUGUUGAAGAUUUACAACUACAGUAAAUCAUGUUUCAGCUCAGCCAGGUCGCGUACCGGGAUCAUCGUUCUUAUAUAUCUUAUCAUUCAGCUACGAAAGUCCUUUCGAUUUCAUUCUUUCUACCAAAAACUCGCUUCAACGAUGAUCCGUCUUUUCUCUCGUUUGCAGACAUAUUUCGAUAGGGGACAUUCCAGAAGUUUGAAAACGAACAAUGCUUCUCAUGUUAUAGUUGGAAACUUAUGCUGA